AUGCGUUCAUCAUUGCUAACCUGUGUUCGUUACAAACAACAAGUGAAAUCGCAAAUAAUGGCUGCACUGCCAAAAGAGAGAUCCACUCUCUCAUUACCGUUCUCACAUACGGGUGUGGACUUUGCUGGUCCAUUUCAGAUCAAGUCUGGCAAUUUGCGAAAUUCACCAUAUAUGAAAGGUUACGCAUGUAUCUUUGUAUGUUUUGCUACAAGAGCCAUUCAUUUAGAAGCUUGCUCUAGUUUAACAUCAGAAGCAUUUCUAGCUGCUUUUGCACGAUUUAUUGCUAGGCGAGGAUUGCCAAAAUCAGUUAUGUCGGACAAUGGUGCAAAUUUCAUAGGCGCUAGUAAGUCAUUGCUAAAGGACUAUUCGUUAUUUCUUAAACAAUCCUCCAAGGAUAUAACCGAUAAAUAUGAAAUUAAUGGACUUGAGUGGAAGUUCAUUCCACCUAGCGCCCCGCAUAUGGGAGGUUUAUGGGAAGCUGGCGUUAAAAGCUUCAAAAUCCACUUCAGGAAAAUUGCAGGCGCACAUAAAUUUAAUUUUGAAGAGUUCUCUACUCUGCUUGCGCGAAUAGAAAGUGUUCUAAAUUCAGGACUAAUAUCACCGAUGUCAGAAGACCCAGAUGACCUGCAGGCCCUUACUCCGAGUCAUUUUCUGCGCGGUGCACCUUUGGUAUUCGCGCCAGAAAUACCGCCUGACAAUUUGUCGUUAUUGAAUCGCUGGGAACGACUGAAAGCACUCCAUCAUAAAUUUGGUCAAUGA